GGGCGUAGCAUCUUAUGGCGAAGCCUGAGUUGGAAGCGAGUGCGUUCCUGAACCUAAUACUACAAUUGGUCGCGGCUGAUAAUUUUUAUUGUCCAUUAUUUUACCACGAUAGUCGCUCUUGAUUGUUCUCUUCAUACUGUCCUGGUUUACUCUAUUGCGAUAUGGCUACCUCCUGUCAUUCCACUGUUGUCGACAUCGAGAAACAUGCCCACACCGACCACACUCGUCUGAGCAAUGAAUCGGUGCACAGCUUCAGUUGGAGCGACAUUGCUGUGACGGUGAAAGAUCGCCACACAAAGCAGCCGUUGGAGAUCUUAUCGGAUGUUCGUGGCCUCAUCCAGGCUGGCGAGAUGCUGGCUCUGAUGGGCCCAAGUGGGUCCGGAAAGACGACUCUCCUCAACGUCCUAGCAUCUCGUGAAGCAACCAUCGGCGCCUCAGUAUCCGGGCUAACGUACGUCAAUGGCGCACAAUCGAAUUCAAAGGACUUUCGCAAGCUGUCUUGCUUCGUCGAGCAGGAGGAUGCACUCGUGGGAUCGCUUACCGUUCAGGAGACUCUGAGCUUUGCGGCCCGGCUCGCCCUUCCUAGAUCUGUAUCGAAAGCGGAACGAAUAACAAGUAUCAACGCUCUGCUCGAGUCGUUCGGUUUACGCGAGCAGGCUGACGCUCUUAUUGGCACACCCAUUCGCAAAGGUGUGUCGGGUGGACAGAAGCGCCGCGUCAGCGUUGCCAGUCAUAUGAUCACCAGUCCAAAGAUCCUUUUCCUAGAUGAGCCAACCAGCGGGCUUGACUCGGCUGCUAGUUACGAAGUGAUGAACUUCGUGCGCGCUACUGCCAGGAAAUACAAUAUUCUGGUCAUCGCUUCCAUUCACCAGCCGUCCACGACCACCUUUGAGUUGUUCGAUCAAUUAUUGCUACUAUCGCGCGGUAAGGCGGUAUACAAUGGUCCGGUCGCAGGCAUCCAAGACUACUUCACAAGCAUCGGCUAUGAAAUGCCUACCUAUAUCAACCCUGCCGAGUACAUCAUCCAACUAGUCAACAUCGAUUUCUCUCAGAACCAAGCAGAAGCAGUUGAAAGGCUCACCCGGCUCCAUUUAUCAUGGAAGAAUUCUCCGCAAGCCGCAAGCCUCCAAGCUCGCCUUGAGGAUGAUCGUCGAUCUGGGGCAGGCCUCACUCUCGACCACGCCUACCUUUCCGCCAACCCCUACUCGGUUCCUAUCACACUCAUGCACCGGUCCUUCAUCAAGUCCUACCGUGAUGUCGUCGCAUACGGCAUUCGCAUAGCCAUGUAUGGCUGUCUCGCCAUCCUCAUGGGCACUGUGUGGUUGCGCCUGUCCCCAACCCAAAAUAACAUUACGGCCUUCACCAAUGCCAUUUUCUUCGGCGGAGCCUUCAUGUCGUUCAUGGCCGUAGCCUACAUCCCCGCCUACCUCGAGGACCUCUCUCUGUACACCAAAGAGCGACUCAACGGCCUCUACGGUCCUACGGCCUUUAUGUUAGCUAACUUCCUUGUUGGCAUUCCGUAUCUGUUCAUCAUCACGCUGCUCUUCUCUGUGAUCGCAUACUGGCUGGGUAACUUCCGCCCCGGCGCCGACGCCUUCUGGACCUGGGUCAUGUGGCUGUUCCUCGACCUGCUCGCCGCCGAGUCCCUCGUCGUGCUUCUAUCGAGCCUGAUCCCCAUUUUCGUCGUCGCCCUCGCGGCAACGGCUUUCGCGAACGGCCUGUGGAUGUGCGUCAAUGGUUUCAUGGUCGAGCCGCAGACGCUCAAUGUGUUCUGGAGGUACGUGUUCCACUACAUCGACUAUCAGGCGUAUGUGUUCCGUGGGAUGAUGGUGAACGAGUUCGGCAAGAGGAACUAUGCAUGUGAUUUUGUUGAAGGCGUGUGUCAGUGCAUGUACCCGAGCAAGCUACAAGAUCAGUGCAUGGUUGAGGGCACAGCGGUGUUGGAGCGCUAUGCAUUCAACACUGAGAACACGGGCAAGUACGUUGGGUAUAUGCUGGUCAUAAUCCUUGGAUACAGAUUGCUAGGAUGGGUGGUGUUAUAUGCGAGGAAGCACUGAGCCUUCUGCUGGAAUAGUAAAUAGCGCAAUUAACCCUUCGUGUACACAUAGUAUCUUGUA